AUGCCCAUGUUUGGAAGAGAGUUUGUCCAUAUGUGUCCAUCCUCAAAGCCGAAAGCCAAGGACAUCGUCAAAUACCAAGGGCCAAAUCCCAAGGUUCGGAGAAACCGGAGGCCCAGUGGGAUUGCCACCGAGACACUGCAAGCGGCGAAGAAAGGAGCGACAGUUCCUUCCAAGGGAUCCAAGGUUUGGAUACGUCACACGGGUUGGACAGUGCAGAAUGGUGAGAUGUUCGACAGCUCCUACUUACGGGGUCCCGAGCCGGAGGAAUUCGAGAUGUCGGAGGUCUUGAGCAGUUGGCGAAGUGCCCUUUUGGAAAUGCGAGAAGGUGAAAAGAAGCGAGUCUGGGUCCCUGCCUCGCGCCCCACCGAGCUGGAGUGGGGCAUUUGGAGCGAAAGAGGGCAAUAUCCCUGGGUCUUCGAACUUGAGUUGGUGAAAGUGGAGGACACCGUUCCCUGGUGGGUCUUCGCUAUUUUGGCGUCACCCAUCCUGGCGGGUGAGCUCUACAUCCAGCUCACCGGGAAGCUUCCGGGCGACGCGCUGAAUGACUAUCUCUAUGGUGAGGCCUUCAAAGGCCUGUAG